GUCGCGUGUGUCCGAUUCUUUACAUGACCGUACACCGUAGGCCUAUGAGUGGAGUCGCUACGAACUACUAACUUUGAAUAGUCGGCCGUCAGACGCUCCACACUAAAAACACGAACGCUCUGUGUCAUAUAUUCUCACUUUAAAAAAAAAAGAUGGCGAAUAAAAAGUUUCUUCUGUCAUGGAUUGUUGUGAUUGCGGUGGCUCUCCUCUCGGUAUGCGAUGCGGCUGAGAAUCGUCGGUGUUACUGGUGUGGUCCGCUAGCAGAACAGGUGCAUCGCAGCCAGCGCGCGCUGCCGUGCAGUGGACAAAUGCAGGUCACCGUCUGCGAUCCUGGAUACCAGUAUUGCGCUGUUGUCGCCACCUCACCGCCAUACAAGGAAUCAAGAUACUGCGUCAAGUUAUACCAAGACGAAUGUUAUGCGCUCUACUGCAACUCUUCUAAAACAUGGCGGAUGACUUGCCCGUGUCGCGGAGAUCUCUGCAAUGGACCUAACACCGAACGCGAACUGGAAGCAUUCGCGGGACUCGCCAAGAUCGUAUCUAAGACACACAACGCCAGACUUAGAAGAGCACUAGUGACUACUGGACGAUUCAUAAGCUUGAACCCUCGAAGAAAUCGAAUAGACAACGCGACUUCCGAACCUAUUGAAGACAUUGAAAAUGAUAUCAAUGCAACUGGCGUAAAUGUUGAUCUCGAUAAUGAAACUCACGACGAGAAUGACGCUAGCAUUGUAACAGAAGCAAAAAGCGAAGAACAAGUCGUUGAAACCACUCAAGGAAGUGUUGAACAACAAAAUAGUGAAGCUUCGAAAGGUCCCAGUGAGAUGAUGGUUGAACCUACAAACAUGAACAGUCAGAUGAACGAUUCCGUCAUACAAGUUGAUAUCCCAAGUGAAAGUAUGGAAACUAGUAAUCUCAAAACAGAAAUUAUUUUAUUAAAUAACGAAACUGAUAAGGAUGUUGCGAAACCAAACGAAAAUGUCCCAGAAGUUCAAACUACUCCUGAAGUUAUAACACAGACAACUGUAGAAACAACGGUUAUGGCAGAAACUAAAGCUAUGACAGAACCUACGCCAGAAGUAGUGAAAACUGCACCGACCGAAGCUAAAGUGAAUAAUGUGAAGCCAAGUGAACAGUUGCCUACUGCAGAAGCUUUCCAAUUCACUGACCCACCUACAAUGAAAACUACUGAAAGUGUUAUGAUUACAAGCACAACUGCAACUACAAUACCACCAAAGAAUAACACCGCUACCCGCUUCGAUGCCCACAUACUAACACUAGCUGUCGGGAUUGUUUUAAAUUAUAAUCUUUAAGCAUUCAAUGUCAUAUUUCUAGUUUUAGAACAAUUCAUUGUCAAAAGUUGAUCUCUGUAAGUGAAGCUUUAAUUGUUAGAAAUUUAAUGUAGUAUAGUAGCGCUCAUUCCAUGUGAUAUUAGCAUAGACAAAUUGUAAAUAUUUUCAGCAAUAUUUUUAGACAUUAUGUAGAUGUGAUUGGCAUUGGCACGAAAUAAACACGCACAAAAAAUU